AUGCCUCCUUCAAACCAGAAUGGUUCUACUCCAGCAAGUGGAGAUGACUUUGCUUUGAAGUCAUUCGUCACCAGAAAUCGUUCAUUGGCAAGAAGAUCAGUUCAUGGCCCCCCAAAAGGCCUUUUCAACUUGUCAGGCUCAGGAAUCAGUGAAAAUCAGACUUCAGAAUCAAAUCCUCCUUCCCAAGCGCCAGGCAAACCAAAGAGACCAGUGUCCAUUAUAUCUGGAAUCGAUACCUCUCAAAUAAUGUCUCAAGGUCCUCCAUCAGCAUCCAGCUCAAGAGGUAGACCAAUUUCAAUGAUUUCGAUGUCUAGUGCAGGCACUUCAACUUCGAAUUAUAAUGUGGCAGCCAGAAAUCCUUUCAAGAUUGAUUUGAUGUUGGAUAACGAUGCAUCUACAACAUCUAUUGCAAGCUCGUCGAACUCGCAAUCCUUCAAUCAAAAUGUUUUGAGGAAUAAUUAUUCAGCGGUAGAUAAAAAAAUUUUUAAUACCCCACAGAUGUUAUAUUCUCCUGAUCCUGCCAACGGUGCAUCGAAUGGUGCUCAUAAUGCUACACAAACCCUUAAUUUGGCACCAAGUUUCAAUGUGAACCCCAAUAAUGGGACCAUUUUGGCAGAGAAAAAGUUUAAUUUGGGGAACGUAACUAAAAGCUCGCCAAACUUAGAGAAAAAUAAUCAACCAAACGAUUUAGAAUAUAGAACUAAUGUACGGUCUAUCCAUCGGCAAUUUAACAUCAACAAGUUCAAUAUCUCACUCAAGUCAGAUUUAUUUAGGGAUUUCAAGCUGGGAAAACAACAACUAUUGAAACAAUUGGAUAAGAUCCAUGAAAGUUACAUGAUUAAUUCAAAAACUCCAGUUGUGAAUCAGUUUACUAUAAAGAAAUUGCAAUCUGAUGAUGUCCAAGAUAUUGAUUGGGAAUUCUGGAAAUCUGUGGUUGAUCAUUAUCCAACAAAAAUGACCAAUGUUCGAUCCCUAAAGAGAGUCGAGACAGUUUUUUCGACUAGUGGCAUUCCUUCUUCUGUUAGGCCCUUGAUUUAUCUAUAUUUGACCAACAGUAAAACAGCUACCCUUGAGAAAAUUUAUAAAGAAAACACAGUUAUCAGCUUUUUCUCAAAGGAAAAUGAUCUCAGGCUUCGAAUUUGCGAGACAUUCAAUACCGAAUUGCGGUGUUUAAAAUCGGAUCAGUAUUUGUUCGAAAUUAGUGAUCUCAAUAAAGAGCUUCUUCAGAAAGUUGACAAAGACUUGUUUGAAAUUUUGAGAAAUUUUACAAUUUAUUAUGACAGAGGUGGAUACGCUGAGAUCAAAGGCUUAUUGAGCCCUGACAAUUCCCCAUCGGUAAAUAAUGCUAUAAAUAAUGAUGAACCAAAUGCCAAUAGUUUUUACUUACCAUCGAAGGCUAUAGUUUCUGUUUGUGCUUUGUUGCUUAGGAGCUGUGGCGUAGAGGAUGGUGUGUUUGAUAUCAAAACCAGUGAUUCUAGAUUGACUAAGGCUGAAAUUUUCGGCUUGUUAGUGAUGUUGAAUGAAAAUUAUUUCUGUUUUGAUAAUGAAAUUAAUGCCAGAAAUCUUAGAAUUCUUAAAAAACGGAAAAAGAACAGUGCUACAGAUAAAGCAGCUGCUAUUGUUGCCGGAUACAACUCUGCGGCUGCUAGUGGAGCAUCCAGUAGAAGAUCUUCAAUAACAGUUGAUUCAGGCUUGAUAAUGGCAAAAGCACAAAUCUCAAGACAAGAAUCAGAAUUGAAUAAUAUUAAAUACCAUUAUACUUCGGAUCAUAAUAAGGACAAAUUCAUUUAUAUCUUUAAUAGGUCUAUGGAAGAUUUAUUCCCAGAAGUUUUUCUCUAUUUGUCUUCCAAAGGUAUCCACACAAAUAUUUUGCUUGAACGGUUUGUAUUUGAGUUCUUUCAUAGAUUCUCCACCAGUUAUAAAUUAUAUGACAACGAAAAUCAGGAUGAAAAGAAUAUUCCAAAAGAAGAAGAUUCAGACAUUGAAGAGCAAAAUUUGUCUAAUUCCUCUGCAUCUCCCCCUAAAUCAAAGGCUAAUAAAACUGUGAAAAUUAAUGAUAUAGAGCUCAACAAUACUGAAUUUGAAACUAUUAGAGCAUCAGUUAACAAUGAUCUCUCAAUUGACUCAAUCAAUGAAAUUAAGGGUGAUUUGGAUGCUGAAGUUAACAACAAAUUCUUUAGUAAUGGCUAUAAACUUAGUAAUGAGAAUUUGCUCAGAAUACUUGACAUGGUAAUGAUUCAAGGGGUUGAGUUUCUCAUCAAGUUUUUAUUGUUGGUAAUCGAAAAAAAUUAUUUCAAGAUUUUCAAAAUUAAAAAUAAUCAAGUAUUGAUGAAGUUCCUUAGCAGCAACGUGGUGUUCAAUUUCAUUAGAGAAGAAAAUAUUAAAUUUGUUACCAAGAAAAUUUAUGAAAGUGAGCUCGACAAGUAUGAGGAUAUCAAUUCAUACAGCAAUCCAAACAGACUUGUCGAAGACGAAUUAUCAAAGCCGGAAAGUGAAAUGGCAGAAAACAACUCAAACAAGCUUGACAUCAAACUGCUUGCAAAGGGAACAACCGUGAGGAGUGAUCUUAGAAAAUCAAAUCUAGGAAAUUCGCAGAACCCAAAAUCCGAAAAACUAAUUGAUAUUACCAUCAAGGAGAAAAAAACUUUCGGAGACUUCAUUGUGGAAUCACUUAAAUUCGAGCCGGUGAUAUAUAAAUACGAAGAAGAAUUAAAAAUGUUGGAAAAAGAAAGAAGAGCCAUGGAAUCUGGUGCCAAUACUGGUAUUGGCAUUUAUAAGAAUAAGAGGGCCAAUAAUAGUGAAACUUCUAUUGCAUCGACACUUACUUCCAAUUUUGGAGAUGAUGGAGCUAUUCAGUUUUCCAGAAAUUCAUCAAGCUCAUCACUUUCCGACCCCUCAUUAUCAAUGGAGGAUUUGGAAACCCCCGAGCUUAUUGACUUGAGAGCAGAGAAGAAAGAUAAUAAAGUUCGGUUGAUGAAACUUCAAACCGAUCUAAAUAACCUUUCAUUAACUCAUAAAACUUACAAACGGGAAAUUCUAUUAAAAAAUGAGCAUCUUAAUAAGAUUAAGAACUUGAAUUUGGAGUUAAAGAUGAAAAAAGAAGAAUUGGAAAGAAAUUUCAAUGAUUUGAAACUCAAAGAGGAAUUGUACCAUUCUGUUUUGCGUAAUAUAAAGAUUGAUGAAAUGAACAAUGAAGUCAAAAGUCAAAUUGAGCAUUCCUCGGCUGAUAUCAGAGAUGUCAUUGAAAAAACUGAUAAAAUCAAAGCUGAUAUGGUUAAGAUUAAUGAGACUCAUAAAACCUCGAAGAGCAAUAAGAGCAGCCCGGUUGCCAAGACUGCCGCGUCUUUCUUUAGCGGGUUUGGUUUCGGAAGAUAA